CCCUAGUUGUGCCACUGGCACCGUCGCACUCGGUGCCUCCCUACGCACUGGACUCUCGGGUCACUAGUUUAAGGAGUUUCCUUUUAUCAUAGUGCCUCGGACUGCGGUGUUGAUAGCUUGGUAUAAUCUAUUGACUAUCUUCGUGCUUCACUGAUAACUAAUGAUUGGUCAAUGACAUUAGUGUGUCAGAUGGAGCCGAGGGGCUGAACGAGCCAGCCAUGCUGCCCCUCAGCUCCGCCAUCAGGGACGGGCUGUCUGGGACGCUGCAGAAGGCGCCACGCUUCGGCGACGAUGUAGCCACCAGGCUGGCGCGAGCGUUCGUAGCGUGUGACGAGGGCUUGCUGAGGGCAUGCCUGGAGGAGGGCGUGGACCCCAACCUGACGCUGAUCGGGGGACACACGCCCGUCACUCUCCUCCUCUCCACGACCACGUCGGACCGUUGGGAGAAUCUGGUGAGGCUGCUACUGGAAGCUGGGGCGUCGCCGGACACCAGAGACCCACAGGGAACCCCCCUCGUAUCGCUGCUGGUGAUCGCCGGCAGUAGCGACCUGGUGAGCCUCGUGCUGGAUAAAGGCGCAGAUGUCAAUAUCUGUGGUUGUAGUGACGAGACGCCCUUGUUGAACGCUGUUCACUAUCGGCAGCUUGAGUGCGCGCGCCUGCUGCUGAAUCGAGGAGCAGACCCAAACACACCCUCCAACGAUGGGAAUUCUGCUCUAAUGUGGGCUGCAGGGCGCAGCAACGGGAUCGGCAUGCAGAGAUCCCUGGCCUGCGUUAACCUGCUGCUGAAACAUGGCGCUCACGUGAAUUUCAGAAACCGCAGAGGGUUCACCCCGCUCAUGGCCUCUGCUGUCAUCCGCGAGAGGGAAAUGGUGCGGUCGCUGCUGGCCGCAGGCGCAGAUCCGGACAUGACGGAUGACAGAGGGGAGACUGCGCUCAUCAAGGCCGCAGAUGCCGACGCUGAGGAAGUGAUCGCAGAGUUGCUGGCGGCCAAGGCCAGCGUCAACACACAGAGCAGGAGCGGGUGUACUGCGCUCAUGAGCGCAGUGUCCACGACGGUGCUGACGAGGCUGCUGCAGCACGGCGCCGACCCGAGGCUGGCGGCCAGGGACGGCAACACGCCGCUGCACCACCAGGUUAUGGGGAGUCGUCCCGAGCUGGCACGCCUGCUCCUGGAGCACGGUGCCGACCUGGAAGCCAGGGACGGCCAGGGCAACACGCCUCUGCAAACUUCCGUUCGCUGCAAGAGCUACGCUGCCACACACCUGUUGCUUGACAAGGGCGCUAUUGCUGCUGCAGUCAACGACAUGGGCGUGUCGGCGCUGCACGACGCCCUACUGCCGUGGGACUACUUCAACACCCACGACGUAUUCUCCGCCCUCAACACCCCGUCUCUCAUGGCCGAGCUCCUGUACUACUUCCGUUCAGGAAGCGACAUGACGCUGGCCGUCGUUGAGAGGCUCCUGGAGCGAGGUGCUGAUCCGCACCUGGGAGGGGAGCAGGGGGUGACGCCCCUCAUGCUAGCUGCCGCCUGCGGCCACGAGCGACUCUUGCGACUACUGCUGGAGGCUGGAGCAUCGUCGGGCUGCCGGGACGCCCACGGCCGCACAGCCCUCGCCUACGCCUGCAAGUGGGGCCACACUCAUCUGGUGGACGCCCUCCUCGCCCACAACAGCCCCGUCAACACUAUAGAUAUCCACCACAACCUGCCUAUCUACUACGCCGCUCACUACGCCCACACGCCCAUAGUCAUGACCCUCAUGGUGGAAUUUGCAUUUUAUGUGUAUUAUCACAGGCUCCAAGACAGAGGCCCUUAGUCACUCCGGGCGACUAUUCUUGACGCAACUAAUGUCCGGAAUACUUCUCUCUAGCACAUGAACGAAUGGAAUUCUUAUGUUGAAAAUUCUUAUUGUUGCACCCCAUCUGAGCGUUGAGACGGUGGCCUCAGGCAAGGAUACCGUCAACGUCGCCGCCUGGCUCGGCGGUCUUGAGGGAGGAACAAGAGAGCAUCGCUCAGCACGGUCGUGCUCGGGAUCUCACCUAAGCUUUUAGGCAAGGCUGUGGUACGCUAGGUUUGCUAGGAGAGAUCUAUACGUUAGAUUAGAUAAGGAAAGACUGGUUUAGGUAGGCUAGGCGAUACUGCGUUAGGUUGGUUUGGGGACGCUUAGGUCAGGAUUCCCUCCCGUCUCACCCACCCCCCCAAAAAAAUUUUGUUGUGCUUCUUGAAUCAAGCUGCAUUUUGCGGAGCUAAAGCUCAGAACGGCGAGACUGAAUAGUAAAUAGCCAACAUAAAAUGUAUUAACAAAAACAAAAAAAAAUGGGUGUAAAUAUGUUUAUAUAGAUUUUUAUGGAGGUGGAAGAAAAUUAUUACAUACAUAUAAAUAUUGUAUAUACAUACCAGCUUUUUAUGCCUAAUUUUACGUAUAGAAAAAUGCAGAAAACAGAGAUGUAGAUUUUGUUUAACAACAUCAUGCUAUUCUAAUAUAUUCCUACAUUCUCGUGUUACAUCUACAUAUCAUUUUUUUAUUUAAUUAAAUUUAUGUAGGACCAUUUUUUUAGGUUUAUUAGCGUAAAAUAUAUAUUUUAAUUGAUUUUAGUGUUUCAAUUUUGUGCGUUUAUUAACACAGAUUUCAUUCCCAGGUGAGUGAGACUUCCGGUUGGAUUAUAGAUUCAUGCUUUAUUUUGAAUGUAUGUUGUUGUUUUGAUAUAAGAUUUUAUUAUGUGUAAUGUUAGUGGAAAUUUAUAUGAAAAUAAAUUAUGGAUAGUA